AUGGAGUCAAAUACAUCAGCCUAUCCACCGAAGACCUCAGCUUCGGACACAUCAGCCAACAUCGCUAACUCAAGUGUGCUGGCCGCCUGGAGUGUCGUAUUCUCAGUGGAAGCGGGGCUCGUAAUGGCUCUUAAUCUAUACACAAGUGCCUUUCUUGUGAGAGGAAAUUUCGACCGAGUUCGAUAUUUUGCCUUGAGUUUCGCUUUUAUUGAUAUCAUGAGAGGUUUUGUGGCCGUCGUAAUAGUACUGGGUUUAAUGAGGUCGCCCGGAAUCGAUUGUAAAAUGGAUUAUCACGAAUUGCACCUUGCUUUACAAACCUUUUGUGAUGUGUUCUCCAUGAGUUUUUUUGCGGCAAUUUCUUUUGACAUGUAUUGCAGGAUUUUUUGGCCCUUGAAACACAUGUUCACUCGUGCGAGGUGGUAUAUAUCAGCAAACUUUGUCAUUUGGGUCAUUUCGAUGACUUCAACUAUGUUGUUUGCCUUUGCUUUAGCUCGUUUCUAUCAAGAGAUUUUUGCCGAUUUGCUGAUAUGGUUCAUCGAGAUUGCUAGUUUGACAGUUAUUUGCACUUCCUACUUUCUUAUUUUACAAAACUGCCGAUCCAGUAAUGAGUGGAUCUUUGGGAAACGAAAUUUUACUUUAGCUAAGGCGUUUAUGUUCAGCACUAUUAUUUAUCUUGUGGUAUGGACGCCAAUUGAAAUUCUGGAAGGGAUAUCAAAGUUUCAAAAGUCUUUGACUUUGGCAUGCAAUGGUCUACUUCUUAUGAAAUUUCUAAAGACUUUUUGUUCUCUUGUGAGCCCGGUGGUAUAUCUCAAGUAUCUUUCUCCUUUCUGCAAGUCAUGUCGGUGCUCUACAAUGCGACGAAGAAAACAAUCAACUUAUCUUGCAGACUCUUUACCAUUGAUAACCCUCAGAUCCUCCUUAUAUUUCCAAUUUGCUAAUGAAUUUCACAUGGAUGUAGAGCGCGUUGGAUCUUAA